GAGCCAUCGACUCGUCCGAGGGCAAAGUCGUCACAUCACAAUAAAUUGAUGAACUAACCCCAAACGAUCCUGUAAAAUAUAAGCUCUCACUCCCCAACCCACUUCCUCCGAUCCCAGCUCCACCCAUGGCGCUCUCCAUUUCCGCACCCACCUCAUCUCCCUUCCUCCCCGCCCCUCGCCAGGCCGGCAGGUGGAGCUCGUUACCAAGCUCGGCUAAGCCCGCGGUUUUCAGCCUCCGGAGGCCGGUUCUGGUGGCACGGGCCGCCGCCGGCAACGCGCCCUCUUCCCCCGCGGGCGCGGUCGUAACUGAGCUCGACGUGGUCUCCAGCUUCAGCGAGAUCGUGCCGGACACAGUCGUCUUCGAUGAUUUUGAGAAGUUUGCGCCGACGGCGGCCACCGUGAGCUCUUCGCUGUUGCUUGGGAUCGCAGGGCUCCCGGAUACCAAGUUCAAGAGUGCCAUUGACACCGCAUUGGCAGAUGGUGAAUGUAACACAAUGGAGAAGCCCGGGGACCGGAUGUCCUGUUACCUUACCAAGGCCCUGGGGAAUGUUGGAGCUGAGCUGGCUCAUCAAGUUCCUGGAAGAGUGUCGACGGAAAUAGAUGCUCGAUUGGCUUACGAUGCCCAAGGAAUCAUCCAGAGGGUGCAUGAACUGUUGCAGAUAUACAAUGAACAUGAUAUCCCAUCAGAACGUCUGUUAUUCAAAAUUCCUGCUACAUGGCAAGGUAUAGAAGCGUCAAGAUUGCUUGAAUCUGAAGGAACUCAAACACAUCUAACAUUUGUUUACAGUUUUGCACAAGCAGCAGCUGCAGCACAAGCUGGUGCAUCCGUCGUACAAAUAUUUGUGGGACGUAUUCGGGAUUGGGCAAAGAAUCACUCUGGUGACCCAGAGAUAGAUGAAGCUUUAAAGAAGGGAGAGGAUGCUGGGCUUGCCUUGGUGAAGAAAGCGUAUGUUUAUAUUCACAAGAAUGGGUACAAGACAAAGUUGAUGGCCGCUGCGGUGCGCAACAAGCAAGACGUAUUUAGCCUUCUGGGGAUCGACUACAUCAUCGCGCCCCUGAAGAUACUGCAGUCUUUGGAUGAAUCUGUGACCGACUCUGAUGAAAAGUACGGCUAUGUCCAGAGGCUGACUCCUUCGCUUGACAAGAUGUACAACUUCAGCCAAGAGGAGCUUGUGAAGUGGGACCAGCUGAGCCUGGCGGCGGCGAUGGGGCCGGCGGCGGAAGAGCUGCUGGCUUCCGGGCUGGAGGGGUACGCGAACCAGGCGCGGCGCGUGGAGGAGCUCUUCGCCAAGAUGUGGCCACCCCCCAAUGUUUGAACUUGGGUUUGAAGCCGUUUCUUCUUUCUUGGUGGUAGUAAUAUUUUCGUUCCAACAAAGUGGUCUUCUGUGUUGUACCUUCUUGUCAACAUGCUGUUUACUUUUGUCCUUGUAAUGUCCGCCGUACUUGAGAGAAAUCUGAAUCAUAUUGUGGAAAUAUGAAAUAUUGUGGUUCAAACAUCAA